AUGAUUUUUCCUUCUUUGUUUGUAUCUUUUAGUUACAUGUUAUCUGUAUCUUGUAAUCUUAGUCCUGGAUCAAUUUCUUUAGUCGAUAGCAAUAUUAAUAUUCUUAUAUAUAUAUUAAUUUUAUUACGUACUACAACUAGCUUAAUACUCAGAAUCAAUAGGUCUAUGUUCUAUUCCUAUCCUAUUGUUAUCUCAGCCUUUUUGAUCUUACUGAGGUCUAUCCGAGAGAAAUAUUUUUCAUCCAAAAAAAGGACCCUAUCUAGCAUAUCAGUUGUUUUUAUCCUUAUUCUCAGGUUUCUUAUCUAUCUAAUUACAGCUCGGACAUGCUUAAUCAUUUUAAGGAAUCAAUAUAAAAUACAAAGAUUAAGGACUUUUCUGGAUUCCUCCUAG